CAACCACCACCACCAACAUAUUGGGCUGUCUAAGGAAGGUUGGCAAACACAAAGGGUUGCAAUCAUUUUGUAUAAAAAGCCUGACACUACCAUAUAUGGAAUAUGCACACAAGCUCAAAGCAAAAGUCUCUAAUCUAUCACUUGUUUAUCACAAAGCAAAUUAAGUCCUUUGCCAUGGCCUCCAACACUUGCUUCAUGUUGGCUUUUUUCAUUGCUGUUUCCAUCUCAAGUAUGGAUAUUGGCCUAGCAGCUCGCCAUCUUCUGCAGACAACUCCAUCUGCACCAACUCUGCCAAAACCAACAUUACCACAAAUACCACAAAUUCCAACACUUCCUCAGGGAAAUGUUCCUCCAUUGCCUACAAUACCAACACUGCCACAAGGCAAUGUUCCACCUUUGCCCUUACCAUCUCUUCCUACCAUUCCAACUGCCCCACAAGUCACGCUUCCACCACUUCCAGCUGCAACUUCACUUCCAAACUUCCCUUCCAUUCCAACCACUAUCCCAUCUUUUCCUUUCCUAUCCCCACCACCUUCAGCCACCACUCCCUAAAUAUGAAACAACUAUGCUCAUAUGUGUUGGAUAAUUAAGCACUCAUCUUUGGAGUUUGGUUCUGCCUUUCAGUGAUCAUUUGCUACAUUUCCUUUCCUGUUAUUUGACAUGUUAUUACGAUGAUACUAUAUACAUAUAUACAUUUGCUGGGGUGUUUAUUUUAAUAUUUCAUGUGCCUUUGUUACUUGGAGAUCUUUUGUUAUAGGAUAUACGUUAUAAUAAAUAAAUUUCAUGUAACCUUGUAUAAAUUCUAGUGCGGCGAUCCAUGCAAUGCACGUGUUUGAUAGUAUUUAAAAGUGAA